AUGCCUUCAUUCGACAUUGCUUUACAUUUGCUUGCUCUGUGUUUGUUGUUUGAAGCCGCAGCCAGAUCGUGUGAUGUGUUUUGGAUUCCAUUUAAAAGUGACUGUGAAGAGCUGCUGGGUCGCUUCCAACAAACCGAGUCAGUGCGUUAUGAAGACUUUGCAGCCACAUGGAGAUCUUUGGACUUCAGUAAUGUGUUUUAUGGAAUGACCGCACGUCAUGAGAAAAGACCCUUCUGUCGCCUCGUCUUUACCGUUGUAUAUGAUUACUUCCUGCCACCGUACAGCUUCCAGAUCAGAGUGGGGGCGCUCUAUAUGAUCUAUGGCCUUUACUACACACAACCAGUCUGGCCAAGGGAAAAGGUGUGGAUUGCUCAGAAGGAUUGGGUGCAUGUGCAGAGGUUUGUCUCAGAUGCUGUCAGCUGUCAACACCUGGAUGUUGUUUAUAUUUACAGGAAGCUUGUAUCUGAGAAGGCAUUUUUGUACACUGCUAUGCCCAAACAGCUUGUAUUUGAUUCAAAACGGAAUUUUGUUAAUAAGGACCUCAAUGAUGAGUUUCAGGAACGCCCAGCCAGAGUGGCAGAGCUGGUUAAUGCAGGCACACUGGAAGAAAUUACAAAUGUGCAGACUCAUUAUGAACGGAUUAAACAGGCUGUAUCAACAUCAAUAAGUGUGACGCCGGUCAACCUGACUGCUCAGCUUGAGGAAUGUGCACUGGAGUUUCAGAAAUGGCAGGAAGAAAAUACAUCAUCAAAGAAAAAAAAUGCUUCCAAAAAAGCAGAGAAGAAUACUAAUGACAAUGAGUCUUCCAAGAGAGCAGAUCUACUGGCCUCCAUAAAGUCCAAGUCUUAUGGCCAGCUAUCAAAGGCUUCCAAAUCACGGCGCCACAGACAGGUAGAUAUGGACACUUCUGGGUCGGGAACAGACCAUGCACAGGAGUCUUUGAUGCCUUGCAGAAAGAAACAACUUUCUCUCAGAGAGAGUACUUUACAGACCCUGGGACCACAAGGAUCAGAAAAAUUACAGCACUGGCUCCUGAGCUCUAAGGAGGAAGAUAAAGCAGCAUUAAAGAGAACUGUACAGAAGCACCGCUUUAGAUGGUGAAAUGUGACACGGACAUUGCAGUGGAUUUGUUGAUCUCUCUUCCUUUGGAAUAUGCCUUCAAAUAAGGAGAAUUGGUAGGGUUUAAGCAUUUGUGCUUUCCCCCCUUUCCUUUCAUUUUUGAGUUUUGAGUUUGGCUAUGUUUUUUUUUGUUUACUGUAAGAUAUUACUUAAUAUAUUUGUGUGAUUGUGGAAAUUCUUUAAAAAGAUAAGAAUUAUUUGAAUAGAUUAGCCUGUAUAAAUGUUGAUUUAAUUUAUUUUAAGUGUACAAGUAAAAUGGCUAUUUGAUAUGCAACAUUCAAGUUCAGUUGCUCUAAAGGGGAAUUCGGACUGCUGGAGUUGCUCCACACCAAAUUUGUCAAAACAUUUCUUAAAAGACCUUGCUUUAAAAGGGACACUGUCAUUCUGGAAUGGGCGAGUCUUUUGCUCAAACUUAAGCCUUGCUCAAACAAGGUGGAAGCAUACCAUUUUUAACAUUUUAAGCAUAACACCUAUUAGCGAUGUGUUUGGCUGAAACAUCAUUGGAAGGGGGACUUUCACAUUUAAUUAACCAUAUCAGACAUUGUAUCCUCUGUAUUGUAAUACACUUAAUAAAAGCAAAUAAGUUAAAG